CUUUAGCUUCGGUUCACAAUGAACGACUUUCGACCGAUUCCGGAAGUUGAAAAGCACGGCGAGUUUUUGCAGAAAGUCGUCGAUCUUUUGUUCAAGAAUAUCGUUUUCACCACUCGUCAGGAUAAAGUUGUACUGUGGCAAUCUCCGGAGCAAUUGGAAGAACAGUUCGACUUCAGUUUGAAACAAAAUGGCGACGAACAUGAGAAGCUGAUAUGUUUGUUGAGGAACACCAUAAAAUUUAGCGUCAAAACUGGACAUCCGUAUUUCAUCAAUCAGUUGUUUUCAGGGUUGGAUCCAUACGGUUUAGCAGGCCAGUGGCUCACAGAUGCUCUGAACGCUAGCGUUUAUACUUACGAAGUAGCCCCGGUUUUUACCCUCAUGGAAAAACACGUGAUGCGUGAGGUCAAUAGCAUGAUUGGACCUGACUGGGGAGACGGCCUCUUCUGUCCAGGAGGAUCUUUUGGCAAUGGAACUGCUAUUAAUCUGGCUAGAUACAACAAGUUUCCCGACACCAAGGCAAAAGGAACAUGCCAUCUACCAAAGCUGGUCCUCUUUGCUUCCGAAGAGUGCCAUUACUCGAUCCACAAGUUCGCUGCCUUCCUUGGUAUAGGAGAAGAAAACGUGAUUGGUGUUAAGACUGAUGAUGUGGGUCAAAUCAUUCCUGAAAAUCUGGAACGGAGGAUACAAGAGAAAUUUGAUGACGGAUCCGCGCCUUUUAUGGUCGUAGCAACCUUGGGUACAACGGUAAGAGGAGCAUUUGACCCAAUUGAAGAUAUAGCUGAUAUUUGCAAAAAAUAUGAUUUGUGGCUCCACAUAGAUGCAGCCUGGGGUGGCGGACUGAUUUUUUCUCAAAAACAUAGAGCAAGAUUAAACGGUAUAGAGCGAGCAAAUUCCAUAAUCAUCAACCCCCAUAAGCUUCUAGCAGUACCUCAGCAAUGUUCUAUAUUACUGGUGAGGGACAAGGAGAUCCUUCACAAAUGCUAUUCAAGAGGGGCCGAGUACCUAUUUCAAAAAGAUAAGCACUACGAUAGAUCGUACGACAUGGGCGAUAAGUAUCUGCAGUGUGGACGAAAAUGUGAUGUAUUCAAAUUUUGGUUUAUGUGGCGGGCUAAGGGCUCAACAGGGUUUGCCAAUCACAUAGACACCUUGAUGGACCUAGCGGAAUAUUUCGAAAACCAGAUAAACGUGAGGUCCGACUUUAUGCUGGUGUCCAAAAGGCAGUACAUGAACGUCUGCUUUUGGUAUCUACCCAGAUAUUUGAGAGGCAAGACAAACAUCUUGGAGCACUCUGGCCAACUACAAAAGGUGGCGCCACAAAUCAGAUCUGUGAUGGUCAAGCAUGGAUCAGUUAUGCUAGGUUACCAACCGCUGAAGGGACUACCUAACUUCUUCAGGUUCGUAUCGCAAAAUUCUGCUCUGACAAAAAAGGACAUCGAUUUUAUAUUAAAUCAUAUUGCUGAUAUUGGUGAAGAGUUGUUUAAAUGAUUUGUAUUAAAUAUGUAUAUGAAUAAAUAAUAAUAAAACUUCAACA